GCGCCGGUGGCGAAGCUGCAGCCUGGCUGAGUGGGCCGAGAUCUGGCAGGGAUAAGGACCGAGGCCUGCGGGUGUGGUGGCCUGUAAUCUCAGCACUUGGAGGCUGAGGCAGGAAGUCACUGAAAGCUCAAGGCCAGCCCUCGCUGCAUAGUGAGUUCAAAGCCACCGUAAACUACACAGCAAGACCCUGUCUCAAAGAAAGAAGAGAAUAGCAAGCAAGAUAAGACAAAGGCCCUUGGGGCAGUUUCCUAAGGAAAGGAGACGUAGAUGGUGAAAGUGGGCGCUGGGGGUUUUCCCAGGUUGACCUACGCCACCCAGAGCCCCCUUCUUCAGAAGUCCGCUCCCCGAGUCUACCCUGUAGAGCAGGAUAACCAUAACAAGCAAAUCACAAAAUGAGGACCAAGGAUGCUGUGCUGUUGUUCCAUGCGCUGGUCACUCAGUUCGGCUCCUACAGCCCCGUGUGAACCUCUGGCUGCCUGAAGUUGUGAUGUGCUACUUCCCAAGAUGAAAUGCGUCUUAGUGGCCACCGAGGGUGCAGAAAUCCUCUUCUACUGGACAGAUGAGCAGUUUGAAGAGAGUCUCCGGCUGAAGUAUGGGCAGUCAGAGAAUGAAGCAGAAGAGCAUCUGACACACCCGAAGCACUGUUCCUUACUUAUCCCCUUGCAGCGCCCUGCACUGGAGGACCAGCUCAGCACUCUCCUGGCCCCAGUCAUCAUCUCCUCCAUGACGAUGCUGGAGAAGCUCUCUGAUACAUACACCUGCUUCUGUACAGAAAAUAGCAACUAUCUGUAUGUGCUUCAUUUGUUUGGAGAAUGCCUGUUCAUCGCCAUCAAUGGAGACCGCACUGAGAGCGAAGGGGAUCUCCGGCGCAAGUUGUGUGUGCUCAAGUACCUGUUUGAGGUGCACUUCGGACUAGUUACUAUGGACGGCCAGCUCAUCCGAAAGGAGCUGAGGCCCCCAGACCUGGACCAGAGGGCCCAGGUGUGGGCUCACUUCCAGAGCCUACUGUGGACCUACAGCCGCCUACGGGAGGAAGAGCAAAGCUUUGCUGUGGAGGCUGUGGAACGGCUAAUCCACCCCCAGCUCUGUGAGCUGUGUAUAGAGACACUGGAGCGGCACGUGGUCCAGGCCAUCAACUGCAGUCCCUCACGGGGCGGUGAAGAGGUCAUGCAUGCCUUCCUGCUUGUGCACUCCAAGCUGCUGGCCUUCUACUCCAGCCACACCGCGAGCUCCCUGCGCCCAGCCGACCUCCUUGCUCUCAUCCUCCUGGUUCAGGAGCUCCACCCCAGCGAGCACACAGUGGAGGAGGAUGACGAGGCCCAGCCUUCCCCACAGAGAAAAGCCCGGAGCAGCCAGAACAUUCCUGUGCAGCAGUCCCGGAGCCCACACACGUCAGGCCCAACCAAAGACAGUUCUUCAGGGACGGACACAGACAGCUUCUCCCUCCCCGAGGAGUACUUCACACCAGCUCCUUCCCCUGGGGAGCAGAGCUCAGGUAGCACCAUCUGGCUGGAGGUGGCACCAUCUGACAUUCCGCAGGUAGCUGAGGACACCCCCCAGAUGCUGGCCCCUCAUUCCCCAGUGCCUUCUAGUCCCCGAAGGAUCUUCCUGGAUGCCAGUGUAAAAGACAACUACUGCCCUUUGGUGCCCCACACAAUGUACUGCCUGCCACUGUGGCCAGGCAUCAACAUGGUGCUCCUGACCAAGAGCUCUAGCACCCCGCUGGCCCUGGUUCUGUACCAGCUGCUGGAUGGCUUUUCCCUUCUGGAGAAGAAGCUGAAGGAGGGCCAGGGGGCUGGGAAUGCCCUGCGGUCCCAGCCCCUUGUGGGAGACCUGCGCCAGAGGAUGGACAAGUUCGUCAAGAAUCGAGGGGGCCAGGAGAUUCAGAGCACCUGGCUGGAGUUUAAGACCAAGGCUUUCUCCAGAACUGAACCGGGAUCAGAGCUGCUCCAAAUGUGUGGGAAGCUGAAGCGGCAGCUCUGCGCCAUCUACCGGCUCAGCUUCCUGAGCACAGCGCCCAGCAGAGGAGGCCCGCACCUGCCGCAGAUCCUGCAGGACCAAGCCCAGAGGCUCAUGCGAGAAAGGCUGCUGGACUGGAAGGACUUCCUGUUGGUGAAGAGCAGGAGGAACAUCACCAUGGUGUCCUACCUGGAGGACUUCCCGGGCUUGGUGCACUUCAUCUAUGUGGAUCGAACAACAGGGCAGAUGGUGGCUCCUUCCCUCGGCAACAGUGAAAAGACUUCAUCGGAGUUGGGCAAGGGGCCCCUGGCUGCCUUUGUCAAAGCCAAGGUCUGGGCUCUGAUCCAGCUGGCACGCAGGUACCUGCAAAAGGGCUGUACCACCCUGCUGACCCAUGAUGGAGACUUCUGCUGCUCCUACUUCCUGUGGUUCGAGAACGACAUGGGCUACAAACUCCAGAUGAUCGAGGUGCCUGUCCUCUCUGAUGACUCGGUCCCCAUUGGUGUGCUGGGAGGUGACUACUACAGGAAGCUCCUGCGCUACUAUAGCAAGAGCCACCCAGCUGAGGCCGUCAGGUGCUACGAGCUGCUGGCUUUGCACCUGUCGGUCAUCCCCACUGAGCUGCUGGUGCAGCAAGCCAGCCAGCUGGCCCGGAACCUGGGUGAGGCCUCCCGCGUGCCCCUGCCCUAAGCUAGGCUGCACUGCCCAGUGCAGUAGGCGUGUGUGCCUGUUCUCCAGCCGGCCCACUUACAGAUGUUCCCUAUGCAAGAGCUUCCUCGCGCCAGCCCACUGCUGCCUCCUGAGGAUACACACAGGUCUCAGAGCAGGCCCAGGAUUUCUUGAAUCCUACCUGGACCACCUCCAAGUAGGAUGACAAGCAAGCCCCGAAUCCUCCCCUCGGAGGGAAAGAGAGGACACCGGCUUCCUCUUUACAACAGCCAUGGCUGUGAGGUCCUCAUGGCUGUGAGAUGGCAGGGGCUCCUCUUUCAGAGCUACUUCUGUUCCCAGGAGAGAGAGGAAGUGCCCAGAACUCAGGCUGCCUGAAGACCCACCCCCUGCUGCUCUUCCGCAAGGAGGGGCUCUUUUUCCUACCCCAGAUGAAAGGUGCUCCAUUGGCUGGCUUCAAUCCCAGCACUCCUGCCCCACCCUCCUGCUACUUCUACAGUUCUGGACUUUCUGGAAAUGCUAGGCCCAUUUCCCCAUGUUCAAAAUGUUAACACCUACCUCUUGGGGUGGUUGGGAGGAUUACUGAACACUGGUAUGUACUCAAUAAAUGUUGGUUAUUAUUCUCAUCCAA